GAAUAUUUGAAGAAUAAUCUCAAUUAUAAAUCAUCUACAGUACACGCAUGUAUUCGACAGGGCGUGCUCCGCAACUGAGAAUCGGCACCCAAGACCUAAAAUGUAAAAGGGGCUGUGGCUUUUAUGGCAAUGCACAGUUCGAUGGACUCUGUUCGAAGUGUUUCCGCGAACGCAAUGAUGAGCGGAAACGACAGAAGGCCAGUGCGAGCAGCAGCUCACUUGUGCUCACUUCCACAGGUGGCACAAUGGAGCGCAUAUCUCCGCAGAACUUACUUGGGCGGCCGCAUCAGAAGAACAAGCAGGAGCGGGAUAAGCAACAACCACAGGGCAGUAGUGACGUAGCGCAGACAUUGCAGAAAAAGAAAUCAAUUGUACCAACGGUUUUACAGAAGACGCUCCAGGUGGGCGCUCAGAAGUUGACGCCACAAAAACACUACGUGCCAGAUCCCACCGAGAAUCAAUUCAUGCUUCAAUUGCGCCAACUCGGAAUUCCAGAUGAUGGCAAACGCAAGCUAAAGAAGGAAAUCCAACGUUUGGAUUUGGAAAUCAAACGCUACAUGAACAGCACUGCAAACAGCAAUAACAAGAACAUCGAUGAGCUCUCAGAAAUGGUGCAAAAUGCAUACACUAGGUUCGCUGACUUAGUGCACAGUGAUCCAAGUUUUCAAAUAGUGUCCAACGAGGACCGGGACAGUGCCAUUGACUUCUUUGAGAAGGUUGUGAUGACGCAGAAUCACAAAUUUCUCUUCAGUCCGUACUUUACCGCCGAUGAGGAGAACGAUGCAAAGGUGCAGAAACGCAUACGCCAGCUGAGCUGGAUUACGGCUAAGCAUCUGGACUGCAGCAUUGAUGAAGUGAAUGCCGAAUCGCGUGAUCUGGUCUAUAAUGCCAUCUCCGAAUUAGUGGGGAUAGACUCAUACUAUUCACCACAGGAAAAGCUGGAGUGCACAGUUCGCUGUUGUCGGCAUAUCUUCGAACUGCUAAAACGCGCAACUGGUGGUCCGGCAAGUGCUGAUGAUUUCCUUCCAGCGCUUAUCUUCGUGGUAUUAAAGGCGAAUCCCGUCCGUCUGCAUAGCAACCUAAAUUUUGUUACGCGCUUUACUAAUGCAGCGCGUGUUAUGAGCGGCGAAGGGGGCUAUUACUUUACUAACCUGUGCUCGGCUAUUGCCUUUAUCGAGAAUCUUAACGGCGAGAGUUUAAACAUCAGUUGCGAAGAGUUUGAUGCGCUUAUGUCUGGUGAGAAACCCUACAGUACUCCGUGGGAGAGCGCGCUAUUAGCUUGCGAAAGUUUACAUCUGAUCUCAGAAAAUAUGAAGCGCAUGGAACUGUUGAAGAAACGUAAUAUGGUUAUUACUACAGGCAUCUCAGAAUUUGAACGUGAGCUUAUAGAGUUUCAAAGUGAGGUCACGAGGAAGGUAGACACAGUCUAUGCUAAGGCGCCACUCACGCUGCUGCCCAUCAAGACACCAGCAUUCCUUAUUAGCCAAGCACGUGCACAAUUGAAUCAUAGCAGCGAUGACGCCGCGGCCCUUAUCAGUUCCGGUCACUAUCAGUCAAAUCUGCUUAAUGCAAUUGAUGUGAAGGAUGUUUCUUGUACCGAUAAAGCAAAGAGCCAGCCCACACUCCUGGCUCCUGAUGAACGCUAUGCCGAUGCAGCCCAUACACUAGCCCUCAAGGAUGUCAGCAUCAGUUCAGCUGGACACCUGUCACCUCUACACACAACGCUACCGCAACCUGAUCAAUUGUUUGCAUCCCCGAUUUUCAAUUAUGGGCCCUUUGAUGCAGUCUCCUUACUAGAAGAGUCGUCUGACAACACAGAUGUUCUAAUGUUGGGCACAGAGUUUCAGGGCGGCCUGACCAACAUUAACUAUGACUUUGAUUUGUCCGACAAAAGUGGCGAAAAUAGCGUAGCUGAUGAUUCCAAUGUGAAUCUUGAUGAAUUCGAUCCACUGGCACAGCAACAAGAACAAUUGAGAACAUUAAAAGUUGAAGCGCAAUCGGCGAUGACAUCAGGCAUACUAGAUUCCACAACGGAUUCCUCGGCUAGUUUAAUUGAUAGCGACCUGCCGCCUCCAACGGGUAUUUUGUUACCAUCACCCUUAAAGCCCGAAGUAUCAAACUACCGUGGAUUCUCAAAUUUUGAUAUACCCAGCAUCUCUUGCAACACAGGAGACUUUAGUUCCCUCGGUCAAGAUGUCAACGAGUCAACAAGUAGCGAUGUUGGAGUGGUGGCCAAAAAAUGAUUGCAAUACGUAUUAUAUACAUAGAUAGACAGAAAAAUAGUAAUUAAAUGCUUAAAAAUUAGCUUUAUAUUUA